CUCCAGUUUGUGAAUACCUGCCGCAAGAACGGUUGCGGGACAGGUUUAGUCGUUUUUAUCCGACGAAGAGGGAGCCGCGCGACCGACGUGCAUCUGAUCCCAUCCGGAAUCGGCCGCUUUUUCUUUCUUUUUUUCCGCGUGCGUGCGUGGAACCCCGUAUAGCCUCAUUCUCAUCGGCAGUCCCAACGAACGACGCAACUCCCUCGCUCGCCCUCCGCCGCGGUUUUCCCGUGGCCUCCGACGCCGCCACACCGCCUCCUACGUGCGGCUCAACAACCGCCAUCGGUGGUGUGUGUGGCCCGACGACUUCGGUAACGAUGACGACUACGACGACGACGAGGGUCGGCGACGCGCGGUGAUCCGGCUCAACGACUGCGAGGCCAGGACCGGCGCUGCGUUUUGACCGCGGAAGCAGACGACGCGCGGACAGACACCGCCUCCCGGCUGUGCGCGCCGUCGAAAGUUCGUCGUCUGGUGGUCUGCGUUCGGCUGCAGACGGACGGGGUCGCGCAGUGGUUUCGCUAGGCCUAACUGCCCGCUCUCUCACUUACUCCUCUGCGAACGGGUUGUUGCCUUGUCCCGUAGUUGCACGCUUCGACGGUGGCGUAAUAUUAUAGUGAUUUCGUGGUUUGUGCGCGCGUGUGUGGCCGUGUGGUUUGUGUGACUUGCGUGUGUGCGUGUGUGUGUGUCUUUUACGACGUCGUUCGCCGUUUUCUCAAGAGUCGCUGGGAGUGUCCGUCAGCAAGCGCUGUGCAUACCGUGAUAGUGUGAAUUCACCGGCCGAUACAACAUUGCCGGGAGCUGGCUGUCAAGGAGGACACCGGCGAUACAGUGCGUCCCGAUCGUCGUUAACCCGUCGAUUUGGCCUAAUAGGAACUGCAGUAAGAAGAAAGCGGAAGCUCGGCGCUUUCUCCCCAGCCAUGGGGCAACCGCAUAGCCGAGCAGCGCCCGGUGGUAUGGGCUACACGAACCAGGGCGGAUCGCCGGAACUGAGGCCGCGGCGGCAUUCCACGCGACUGUCGGCGCGUCGCGCCCGCGUCGGCAUGGACCGUUUACGGCGGAGCCUGCGAGACAGCCUGCGGCGCGGCGCGCGGCGGGAACAUGUGCCAGAAUGCAGCAAGCCGCAUCAGUGGCAGGCGGACGAGGCGGCUGUCCGGGCGGGAACCUGCACCUUCCCGGUCAAGUACCUCGGCUGCGUUGAGGUCUUUGAGUCUCGCGGCAUGCAGGUAUGUGAGGAGGCUUUGAAAGUUUUACGCAACAGCCGGCGGCGCAUGGUGCGGGGCACGCUGCACGUGACGGGUGACGGCCUCCGGGUGGUGGACGAGACGGGCACCCGGGGCCUGCUGGUCGACCAGACCAUCGAGAAGGUGUCCUUCUGCGCGCCCGACCGCAACCAUGACCGAGGCUUCUCAUAUAUCUGCCGUGACGGCACCACACGCCGCUGGAUGUGCCAUGGAUUCCUGGCCCUGAAGGACUCGGGUGAGCGGUUGAGCCACGCUGUGGGCUGCGCCUUUGCGGUGUGCCUGGAGCGCAAGCAGAAGCGGGACAAGGAGAGUGUGCUCAUGAGCAUCGACCCGAAGACGUCGAGCUUCACCCGCACGGGCUCGUUCAGGCAGGGCUCCCUCACCGACCCCGCCCUGCCCCACGACCCCCAGGAGGGAAAGCCCUCAGAGACCCCACCGGUGAAGGCGGUGGUGAACCCAUACGCGAUCGAGCGGCCGCACGCGACAGUGACGCUGCUGCAGAGGCAGGGUUCCUUCCGGGGCCUGGGCAGCCUGAGCCAGGCGUCGCCCUUCAAGAGACAGCUGUCCCUGCGGCUCAACGAACUGCCCUCGACGCUUGAGCGACAGCGCGCCAUGUCCCUCGAUGCCGCCACCGACCUCUUCCAGCCACCCAGUGCACGACACAACGGAUUCAGCAACGUGCCCCCUCCAAUCCCGGAGUCCUCCCCACUGAGCGAGAGGCCCGACAGCAUCAGCGCCAUGUGCCAGCAGGUCAGCCAGGGGCUAAGCCUGCUCAGUGACUCGGCCAGGGACGACCCGUUCCGGGAAGAGGCUCCCACCGAGCCCCAGCCGCAGCAGCAGCAGCCACCGCCAGAGGCUGCUGUGGCACCCGUACAACAGAGCAACCCCUGGGCUGACUCAUCUCGCGCCGAUGCCUGGCUGGCCUCCCUGCCCACGCAGUCCUCUUCCGCAGCCCCGCCCACCGCCCGACGGAGCCCCGCCCCCAUAGCGGCCCCACCUCACGCCCUGCCUCGUCGAGUCGGCGCUCCACAGCUGCGCAGCCAGUCGCUGAGCGCCGCCGACGGUCUUGUGUCCCCAACGCGUUCCACCUCGCUGUUCUCCUCCCACUGGGCCAAGGAGUCGCAAGCCCCGCCCCUCACUGGAAGUGCCACGCCACCGCUGUCUGGAGAUGCCACAAGCUCCGCCUUCCAGGAUCCCUUCGACGCCGAGUGGGCAUCACUACCCACACAGAAGGCGCCAGUGGCGACCAAUCCGUUCGUGGGGCCCAAUGCUGUGAAGGCCUUCGAGGUGCACCUCUAGUGGCGCCACUUUCUUUUUAGUGCGCAGGAUUUUAUUGUGCCGGUGCACUUCGAAGCCACCGGCAGCUAAGGGCACCUUGCCGAGCGCCUGCAUUGAGAAUGAGCAGUAGUCUCCGUCUCGGGGAAAGAGUAGCGCCCCUGAAACCAGUCGAGCGGGUUUGUCGCGAUGCACGCGUUUCGAGCGAAAUUUAAAACCAUAGCGCGACGUUUGUAGAAGCCGUCUUCGUUUGGGCAGGACGAAAGAAACGGAGGGUCAGGGACGCUCCACAACAAAGCUGCCUCGGAAGUGUCUCGAAGAGAUAACUUUUCAUUUGCGCUUUUUUUUCAUUAGCUUUCCUUUUUUUUCUCCCCCCCUCCUCUUUCUCUAACUUCAGCAGCCCGCCAUUUUGUUCAUCGCUGCGUCACAUUCAUGUUGUUGGGUGUAUAAGCGCACACAUUCGACUACACGCGCUCUUUUUGUACAUAUGAGGCCAUGGUGGCAAGACCCUCUUUACAAGCCCACCCGAGACGGCCAAGGAGAAAAAAAAAAAAUGAAUUCUGUUGAACCCUUCUAUGUACCUUGAUCAUCCUUGGCUUCGUUACCACAAAUCCCCAGUCUGCACCAUCCCCCCGUGACCUGCCUAUGGCAAAGCUUAUUGCGGUGCCAAUUGUUUUUCUUUUGCGGCACUCUGCUGCAAUGUUGCAUUCCACGUGAUAGUGUUACUGGGACACGGCCCUUUAGUCGUCGGUGGUCGGCGUCCACCGACUUUCCUCUCUCGAUGAACUUGCAUUUCCCGAGCCUUAGAGAGGUUGGUGCAUCCACUCUAAAUACCUCCGAGACCCUUUUUAUCCUCACCGUGUGUGCAUGAAUGUGGGGAGUGAAGUGUAUUUAUGCCGCCUUUUUUUUUCUUUUUCGUCUUCAUAUAUAUCAUGUUUUUCUAGAGAGCUUUUUAUGGCUGAGCCUCGCCCAAGUGGUGAGGUCACGUCUCUCCCUCCUCAUUGUAUGUUACAAACGGUGAUUGAAAAAUGAUGAAACAAGAGAAUAGGCCGAUGUUACAAUUGCUGAACGGAAGGUGCUUGUUUACAUUUAUUUUUCGUGGACGAUUCACUCCAGGGUUUUCGCCCACAAAGCUUCGACGUCUUUCCCCAUGUGUUUUUAGUUGUUCUGUGUUGCUCUUCCAUUGUGUUCUUCACUGUUCGGGAUCUUUCUGCGGUUUUCUUUCAAGUGUCAAAAGAGAGUUGCUAUAUUGCCAGACAUCCUAUGCCGUCGUUCGCACUGUAUUAACUGCUACAUCUGAGGGGCUGUGUGUGUGUGUAUGUUUCAGCUUUUACCGUUGGUGUGCUGAACUGUUUGGGCUGUGCUUUCGUAGACUGUUGCUUCUGGAAGGAAGUUGGCGCUGUUUCGAAGAACGAAGGAAGGUUGUACAAGCCAGGUUGACAAUGUACAAAGGAAGGAAAGAAACUAGUUGUGUGUUUUGAUGUUCCAUGCUUUAUCUGCUUUUUCUCUGAAGGACACUAGGCUAAAGCAUGCAAAGGACUAUUAAUGAAUCACUGCAUUUUAGUUUCAAUGUCCCCACAUCCACUUCUUUUUCUCAUUGUAUGCGUCACUCUUGGCUAGCCGCAGUCCUCUUUGAAAGUGGUGCAACACGACAGCUGUGAAGCGCCUUAUGGCUUUUUUUUUUGUUACCAUGGUUUUCGUUCUUGCCGACUACAUUCGUGUUUGUGUGUAUCCACAAGUUAUGUAAUAAAUGAGUAUGGCAGUGAUCAAGUUAA